UUCCAAUUUACAGUGGAGGAGAAAUAUUCUGACCUUUAUUUUAUAUUUACAUAUGAUGAAAAACCUUCCAGUGGGCGACAUCUAAAAUGAACUUAAACAUAAGGAGAAACUAAUUUCUUUAGUUAAUGUUUUUGUAAUCUGAUGCAUAAGUACAGCAAAUCACGUGACUCCUUGUAAGCCAGAAGGGAGGAGAGAUGAAAGUGAAAGUAAGAUAGUUCGACUCCAUUUUGGCCCGACAGCAGCAACGAGAAGAAACCUGGAUUGUGAACAAAAGAAGAUGAGGACAGAGCGGAGUCUGCAGGAUCCAGCUGUCUGUCUGUGAUGGCGGACCCAUCCAGACCUCCAGGCUUGAGGACUGGACCAGAACCAUCAGACACAAAAGGUCAGAACUACAGAUGGAGAACAGAGACUCCAGAACUGGACUAUUUGUCUAUGAAGAGUGACUGGUCCAUGCGAAAACCUCCAGAAUUCAGUGCUGGACCUGGACCUUCAGACUCACGAGGUCAGAACUACAGAUGGAGAACAGAGACUCCAGAACUGGACUGUGUGUCUAUGAAGAGUGACUGGUCCAUGGAAAGACCUCCAGAAUUCAGUGAUGGACCUGGACCUUCAGACUCAUGGAGGAAGAGGAGUGACGUCUGUGAGGAAGAGCAGCUGUCCUGCUGUCCUUUGUGUCAGGACGUCCUGAAGGAUCCAGUCUCUACCAGCUGUGGACACUGGUUCUGCAGACGCUGCAUCAGCUCAUACUGGGACCAGUCUGCUUCAUCAGGAAGCACCUCCUGUCCCCAGUGUGGGAAAAGACCCAGAACCAGAACUGGACUGCAGACAGCUGGUCAGAGCAGAACUGUAGCAGCAAAUGUUGGUCUGCAGGAGGUUUUAGAUGAACAUAAAAUCAGUCUGAGGAGGAGAUGUGAACAUGUGACUGAAGGAACUGAUGGAACAGGAAGUAGAACCCUCCUCAACAGGAUCUACACUGAGCUCUUCAUCACAGAGGGACAGAGUGAAGAAGUUAAUACCCAACAUGAGGUGAGGCAGCUGGAGACCGCUUCCAAGAUCAACACCCUCCAUGACACUCCAAUCAGGUGCCACGACAUCUUUAAAGCCUUACCUGACCAAUAUGGACCAAUCAGAGUGGUUCUGACCAACGGCGUUGCUGGUGUUGGAAAAACCUUCUCAGUGCAGAAGUUCACUCUGGACUGGGCAGAGGGCUUGGAGAACCAAGAUGUCAGUGUGGUGGUUCUGCUUUCAUUCAGGGAGCUGAACUUGAUCAGAGAUGAUCAGUACAGUCUUCUCCAGCUGCUCCAUGUUUUCCAUCCAACAUUACAGAAGAUCCCAGCAGAGCAGCUGGCUGUCUGGAAACUUCUCUUCAUCUUUGAUGGUCUGGAUGAAAGCAGACUUUCUCUGGACUUCAACAACACUGAGGUUGUUUCUGAUGUCACACAGAAGUCUUCAGUCAACGUGCUGCUGACAAACCUCAUCAAGGGGAAUCUGCUGCCCUCGGCUCUCAUCUGGAUCACUUCCAGACCUGCAGCAGCCAAUCAGAUCCCUCCUACAUGUGUUGACAGGGUAACAGAAGUACGAGGCUUCACUGAUGUCCAGAAGGAGGAGUACUUCAGGAGGAGAUUCAGUGAUGAAGAGAUGUCCAGCAGAAUCAUCUCCCACAUGAAGACAUCCAGGAGCCUCCACAUCAUGUGUGGAAUCCCAGUCUUCUGCUGGAUAACUGCUACAGUUCUGGAGCACAUGUUGACCACAGAGCAGAGAGGAGAGCUGCCCAAGACCAUGACGGACAUGUACUCACACUUCCUGAUGGUCCAGACAAAGAGGAAGAAGAACAAGUACCAUGAGGGACAUGAGACGAGUCCACAGGAGCUGAUGGAGGCUGACAGGGAAGUUCUUCUGAAGCUGGGGAGGCUGGCAUUUGAACAUCUGGAGAAAGGAAACAUCAUGUUCUACCAAGAAGACCUGGAGCAGUGUGGUCUGGAUGUCACAGAGGCCUCGGUGUUCUCAGGAGUUUGUACUGAGAUCUUCAGAAGAGAGUGUGUGAUCUUCCAGAAACCAGUUUACUGCUUCGUUCAUCUGAGUGUUCAGGAGUUUCUGGCUGCAGUCUACAUGAUGCACUGUUACAUCAACAGGAACACAGAGGUGCUGAAGAUCCUCCUGGGUAGAAAACGCAGUAACUUAUCUCCAGAGAAUUUCCUGAACAGUGUCAUGAAAACAUCCUUUAAAAGUAAAAAUGGCCACCUGGACCUUUUCACUCGCUUCCUUCAUGGCCUCUCUCUGCAGUCCAACCAGAGACUCUUAGCAGGCCUGUUGGGUCAGACAGAAAACAGUCCAGAAACCAUCCAGAGAGUCAUCAAAACCCUGAAGAACAUGAACACUAGUAACAUCAGUCCUGACAGAAGCAUCAACAUCUUCCACUGUCUGAUGGAGAUGAACGACCUCUCAGUUUAUCAGAAGAUUCAAGAGUUAUUAAAGUCAGAGAAAGAAUCAGAGAAGAGACUCACUCAGGUCCAGUGUUCAGCUCUGGCCUACAUGCUGCAGAUGUCAGAGGAGGUUCUGGAUGAGUUGGACCUGAUGAAGUACAACACUACAGAUGGAGGACGACGGAGACUGAUCCCAGCUGUGAGGAACUACAGGAAGUUUCGAGGUCAGAACUACAGAUGGAGAACAGAGACUCCAGAACUGGACUGUUUGUCUAUGAAGAGUGACUUGUCCAAAGAGAAACCUCCAGAAUUCAGUGAUGGACCUGGACCUUCAGACUCACGAGGUCAGAACUACAGAUGGAGAACAGAGACUCCAGAACUGGACUGUUUGUCUAUGAAGAGUGACUCGUCCAAAGAGAAACCUCCAGAAUUCAGUGAUGGACCUGGACCUUCAGACUCACGAGGUCAGAACUACAGAUGGAGAACAGAGACUCCAGAACUGGACUGUUUGUCUAUGAAGAGUGACUCGUCCAAAGAGAAACCUCCAGAAUUCAGUGAUGGACCUGGACCUUCAGACUCACGAGGUCAGAACCACAGAUGGAGAACAGAGACUCCAGAACUGGACUGUCUGUCUAUGAAGAGUGACUGGUCCAUGCCAAAUCCUCCAGACUUCAGUGCUGGACCUGGACCUUCAGAUUCACAAGGUCAGAACUACAGAUGGAGAACAGAGACUCCAGAACCCGACUGUCUGUCUAUGAAGAGUGACUGGUCCAAAGAUAAACCUCCAGACCUGAGUAAUGGACUUGGAUCUUUAGACUUAAGGAGGAAGAGGAGUGGUGUCUGUGAGGAAGAGCAGCUGUCCUGCUGUCCUUUGUGUCAGGACAUCCUGAAGGAUCCAGUCUCUACCAGCUGUGGACACUGGUUCUGCAGACACUGCAUCAGCUCAUACUGGGACCAGUCUGCUUCAUCAGGAGGCUCCUCCUGUCCCCAGUGUGGGAAAAGACCCAGAACCAGAACUGGACUGCAGACAGCUGGUCAGAGCAGAACUGUAACAGAUGUUGGUCUGCAGGAGGUUUUAGAUGAACAUAAAAUCAGUCUGAGGAGGAGAUGUGAACAUGUGACUGAAGGAACUGAUGGAACAGGAAGUAGAACCCUCCUCAACAGGAUCUACACUGAGCUCUUCAUCACAGAGGGACAGAGUGAAGAGGUUAAUACCCAACAUGAGGUGUGGCAGCUGGAGACCGCUUCCAAGAUCAACACCCUCCAUGACACUCCAAUCAGGUGCCACGACAUCUUUAAAGCCUUACCUGACCAACAUGGACCAAUCAGAGUGGUUCUGACCAACGGCGUCGCUGGUGUUGGAAAAACCUUCUCAGUGCAGAAGUUCACUCUGGACUGGGCAGAGGGCUUGGAGAACCAAGAUGUCAGUGUGGUGGUUCUGCUUUCAUUCAGGGAGCUGAACUUGAUCAGAGAUGACCAGUACAGUCUUCUCCAGCUGCUCCAUGUUUUCCAUCCAACAUUACAGAAGAUCCCAGCAGAGCAGCUGGCUGUCUGGAAACUUCUCUUCAUCUUUGAUGGUCUGGAUGAAAGCAGACUUUCUCUGGACUUCAACAACACUGAGGUUGUUUCUGAUGUCACACAGAAGUCUUCAGUCAACGUGCUGCUGACAAACCUCAUCAAGGGGAAUCUGCUGCCCUCGGCUCUCAUCUGGAUCACUUCCAGACCUGCAGCAGCCAAUCAGAUCCCUCCUACAUGUGUUGACAGGGUAACAGAAGUACGAGGCUUCACUGAUGUCCAGAAGGAGGAGUACUUCAGGAGGAGAUUCAGUGAUGAAGAGAUGUCCAGCAGAAUCAUCUCCCACAUGAAGACAUCCAGGAGCCUCCACAUCAUGUGUGGAACCCCAGUCUUCUGCUGGAUCACUGCUACAGUUCUGGAGCACAUGUUGACCACAGAGCAGAGAGGAGAGCUGCCCAAGACCAUGACAGACAUGUACUCACACUUCCUGAUGGUCCAGACAAAGAGGAAGAAGAACAAGUACCAUGAGGGACAUGAGAAGAGUCCACAGGAGCUGAUGGAGGCUGACAGAGAUGUUCUUCUGAAGCUGGGGAGGCUGGCGUUUGAACAUCUGGAGAAAGGACACAUCAUGUUCUACCAAGAAGACCUGGAGCAGUGUGGUCUGGAUGUCACAGAGGCCUCGGUGUUCUCAGGAGUUUGUACUGAGAUCUUCAGAAGAGAGUGUGUGAUCUUCCAGAAACCAGUUUACUGCUUCGUUCAUCUGAGUGUUCAGGAGUUUCUGGCUGCAGUCUACAAGAUGCACAGUUACAUCAACAAGAACACAGAGGUGCUGAAGAAAUUCCCGGGGAGAGACUGGGAUGAUGAUGAUGAUGGUGAUGACGAUAAUGAUUAUAAUGAUGAAGAUGAUGCUUAUAAUGAUGAUGAUGAUGACUUCUUAAAGAGUGUCAUGGAAGAAUCCUUUAAAAGUAAAAAUGGCCACCUGGACCUGUUCACUCGCUUCCUUCAUGGCCUCUCUCUGCAGUCCAACCAGAGACUCUUAGCAGGCCUGUUGGGUCAGACAGAAAACAGUCCAGAAACCAUCCAGAGAGUCAUCAAAACCCUGAAGAACAUGAACACUAGUAACAUCAGUCCUGACAGAAGCAUCAACAUCUUCCACUGUCUGAUGGAGAUGAACGACCUCUCAGUUUAUCAGGAGAUCCAAGAGUUCCUGAGGUCAGAGAACAGAUCAGAGAAGAAGCUCUCAGAUAUCCAAUGUUCAGCUCUGGCCUACAUGCUGCAGAUGUCAGAGGAGGUUCUGGAUGAGUUGGACCUGAUGAAGUACAACACUACAGAUGGAGGACGACGGAGACUGAUCCCAGCUGUGAGGAACUGCAGGAAGUUUCGACUUGAGUUUUGCCAACUCCUUGAGGCUGACUGUGAAAUUAUCGCCUCAGCUCUGAAGUCCAGCCCCUCCCAUCUGACAGAGGUAGACCUCAGUAACAUCAGGCUGGAAGAUUCAGGCGUUAAGAAGCUGUGUGAUGGACUGGAGAGUCCAAACUGUGGACUGGAGACUCUGAGAUUGCAGGGUUGCAGGUUGUCAGAGAUCAGCUGUGCUUCACUGACCUCAGCUCUGAAGUCCAACCCAUCCCAUCUGAUAGAACUGGACCUGAGCAGCAACAACAUGACGUCUGCUGUUAAAGAUCUUUGUGGAUUUCUGGAGAGUCCACACUGCAGACUGGAGACUCUGAGAUUGCAGAGCUGCAGUUUGUCAAAGAACAGCUGUGAUUCUCUGGCCUCAGCUCUGCAGUCCAACCCCUCCCAUCUGACAGGACUGGACCUGAGUUUCAACUACCUGCAGGAGUCAGGAAUUCUACUACUGUGUGAUGGACUGGAGAGUCCAAACUGUCGACUGGAGACUCUGAGAUUGGAUAACUGCAGUUUGUCAGAGAUCAGCUGUGCUUCACUGAUCUCAGCUCUGAAGUCCAACCCAUCCCAUCUGAUAGAACUGGACCUGAGCGAGAACAAAAACAUGAGGCCUGCUGUUAAAGAUCUUUGUGGAUUUCUGGAGAGUCCACACUGCAGACUGGAGACUCUGAGAUGGAGAACAGAGACUCCAGAACUGGACUGUCUGUCUAUGAAGAGUGACUGGUCCAUGCCAAAUCCUCCAGACUUGAGUGCUGGACCUGGACCUUCAGAUUCACAAGGUCAGAACCACAGAUGGAGAACAGAGACUCCAGAACCCGACUGUCUGUCUAUGAAGAGUGACUGGUCCAAAGAUAAACCUCCAGACCUGAGUAAUGGACUUGGAUCUUUAGAAUUAAGGAGGAAGAGGAGUGGUGUCUGUGAGGAAGAGCAGUUGUCCUGCUGUCCUUUGUGUCAGGACGUCCUGAAGGAUCCAGUCUCUACCAGCUGUGGACACUGGUUCUGCAGACACUGCAUCAGCUCAUACUGGGACCAGUCUGCUUCAUCAGGAGGGUCCUCCUGUCCCCAGUGUGGGAAAAGACCCAGAACCAGAACUGGACUGCAGACAGCUGGUCAGAGCAGAACUGUAGCAGCAGAUGUUGGACUGCAGGAGGUUUUAGAUAAACAUAAAAUCAGUCUGAGGAGGAGAUGUGAACAUGUGACUGAAGGAACUGAUGGAACAGGAAGUAGAACCCUCCUCAACAGGAUCUACACUGAGCUCUUCAUCACAGAGGGACAGAGUGAAGAGGUUAAUACCCAACAUGAGGUGAGGCAGCUGGAGACCGCUUCCAAGAUCAACACCCUCCAUGACACUCCAAUCAGGUGCCACGACAUCUUUAAAGCCUUACCUGACCAACAUGGACCAAUCAGAGUGGUUCUGACCAACGGCGUCGCUGGUGUUGGAAAAACCUUCUCAGUGCAGAAGUUCACUCUGGACUGGGCAGAGGGCUUGGAGAACCAAGAUGUCAGUGUGGUGGUUCUGCUUUCAUUCAGGGAGCUGAACUUGAUCAGAGAUGAUCAGUACAGUCUUCUCCAGCUGCUCCAUGUUUUCCAUCCAACAUUACAGAAGAUCCCAGCAGAGCAGAUGGCUGUCUGGAAACUUCUCUUCAUCUUUGAUGGUCUGGAUGAAAGCAGACUUUCUCUGGACUUCAACAACACUGAGGUUGUUUCUGAUGUCACACAGAAGUCUUCAGUCAACGUGCUGCUGACAAACCUCAUCAAGGGGAAUCUGCUGCCCUCGGCUCUCAUCUGGAUCACUUCCAGACCUGCAGCAGCCAAUCAGAUCCCUCCUACAUGUGUUGACAGGGUAACAGAAGUACGAGGCUUCACUGAUGUCCAGAAGGAGGAGUACUUCAGGAGGAGAUUCAGUGAUGAAGAGAUGUCCAGCAGAAUCAUCUCCCACAUGAAGACAUCCAGGAGCCUCCACAUCAUGUGUGGAAUCCCAGUCUUCUGCUGGAUCACUGCUACAGUUCUGGAGCACAUGUUGACCACAGAGCAGAGAGGAGAGCUGCCCAAGACCAUGACAGACAUGUACUCAUACUUCCUGAUGGUCCAGACAAAGAGGAAGAAAAGCAAGUACCACGAGGGACAUGAGAAGAGUCCACAGGAGCUGAUGGAGGCUGACAGAGAUGUUCUUCUGAAGCUGGGGAGGCUGGCGUUUGAACAUCUUAAGAAAGGAAACAUCAUGUUCUACCAAGAAGACCUGGAGCAGUGUGGUCUGGAUGUCACAGAGGCCUCGGUGUUCUCAGGAGUUUGUACUGAGAUCUUCAGAAGAGAGUGUGUGAUCUUCCAGAAACCAGUUUACUGCUUCGUUCAUCUGAGUGUUCAGGAGUUUCUGGCUGCAGUCUACAAGAUGCACAGUUACAUCAACAAGAACACAGAGGUGCUGAAGAAAUUCCCGGGGAGAGACUGGGAUGAUGAUGAUGAUGAUGAUGGCGAUAAUGAUAAUGACUAUAAUGAUGAUGAUGAUGAUGGUGAUGAUGAUGGUGAUAAUGAUAAUGAUUACAGUGAUGAUGGUGAUGACGAUAAUGAUUAUAAUGAUGAAGAUGAUGCUUAUUAUGAUGAUGAUGAUGAUGAGCUCGAUAAUGAUUAUUAUGAUGAUGCUUAUAAUGAUGAUGAUGAUGAUGAUGGCGAUAAUGAUUAUAAUGAUGAUGAUGAUGCUUAUAAUGAUGAUGAUGGUGAUGAUGAUAAUGAUUAUAAUGAUGAUGAUGAUGAUGGCGAUAAUGAUAAUGAUUAUAAUGAUGGUGAUGAUAAAAUGGAAAGGUUAUUUCUAGAUGACUUCUUAAAGAGUGUCAUGGAAGAAUCCUUUAAAAGUAAAAAUGGCCACCUGGACCUUUUCACUCGCUUCCUUCAUGGCCUCUCUCUGCAGUCCAACCAGAGACUCUUAGCAGGCCUGUUGGGUCAGACAGAGAACAGUCCAGAAACCAUCCAGAGAGUCAUCAAAACCCUGAAGAACCUGAACACUAGUAACAUCAGUCCUGACAGAAGCAUCAACAUCUUCCACUGUCUGAUGGAGAUGAAUGACCUCUCAGUUUAUCAGGAGAUCCAAGAGUUCCUGAGGUCAGACAACAGAUCAGAGAAGAAGCUCUCAGAUAUCCAAUGUUCAGCUCUGGCCUACAUGCUGCAGAUGUCAGAGGAGGUUCUGGAUGAGUUGGACCUGAUGAAGUACAACACUACAGAUGAAGGACGACGGAGACUGAUCCCAGCUGUGAGGAACUGCAGGAAGUUUCGACUUGAGUUUUGCCAACUCCUUGAGGCUGACUGUGAAAUUAUCGCCUCAGCUCUGAAGUCCAGCCCCUCCCAUCUGACAGAGGUAGACCUCAGUAACAUCUGGCUGGAAGAUUCAGGCGUUAAGAAGCUGUGUGAUGGACUGGAGAGUCCAAACUGUGGACUGGAGACUCUGAGAUUGCAGGGUUGCUGGUUGUCAGAGAUCAGCUGUGCUUCACUGACCUCAGCUCUGAAGUCCAACCCAUCCCAUCUGAUAGAACUGGACCUGAGCAACAACAACAUGACGUCUGCUGUUAAAGAUCUUUGUGGAUUUCUGGAGAGUCCACACUGCAGACUGGAGUUUUUGAGAUUGAAGAGUUGCUGGUUGUCAGAGACCAGCUGGGCUUCACUGACCUCAGCUCUGAAGUCCAACCCAUCCCAUCUGAUAGAACUGGACCUGAGCGACAACAACAACAUGACGUCUGCUGUUAAAGAUCUUUGUGGAUUUCUGGAGAGUCCACACUGCAGACUGGAGACUCUGAGACUGAAGAGCUGCAGUUUGUCAGAGAUCAGCUGUGCUUCACUGACCUCAGCUCUGAAGUCCAACCCAUCCCAUCUAAUAGAACUGGACCUGAGCAACAACAACAACAACAUGACGUCUGCUGUUAAAGAUGUUUGUGGAUUUCUGGAGAGUCCACACUGCAGACUGGAGACUCUGAGGUUGCAGUACUGCAGGUUGUCAGAGAUCAGUUUGGCUUUCCUGGUGUCAGCUCUGAGGUCCAACCCAUCCCAUCUGACAGAACUGGACCUGAGAUACAACAACCUGCUGGAAUCAGAUGUGAAGGAGCUGUUUGAUCUGGUGGAGAAUCCAAACAAUAGACUGGAGACUUUGAGGUUUGAUCACCUGAAUUUGUCAGAGAUCAGCUGUGAGUCUCUGGCCUCAGCUCUGAAGACAGCCCCCACAGAUCUGACAGAACUGGACCUCAGUAACGAGACACUGAAGGAUUCUGAUGUGAAGCAGCUCUGUGUUUUUCUGGAGAGUCCAAACUGCAGACUGGAGACUCUGAGAUUGAAGAGCUGCAGUUUGUUAGAGAUCAGCUGUGCUUCACUGACCUCAGCUCUGAAGUCCAACCCAUCCCAUCUGAUAGAACUGGACCUGAGCGACAACAACAUGACGUCUGCUGUUAAAGAUCUUUGUGGAUUUCUGGAGAGUCCACACUGCAGACUGGAGACUCUGAGAUUGCAGAGCUGCAGGUUGUCAGAGAUCAGCUGGGCUUCACUGACCUCAGCUCUGAAGUCCAACCCAUCCCAUCUGAUAGAACUGGACCUGAGCAACAACUACAUGAUGUCUGCUGUUAAAGAUCUUUGUGGAUUUCUGGAGAGUCCACACUGCAGACUGGAGACUCUGAGAUUGAAGAGCUGCUGGUUGUCAGAGAUCAGCUGUGCUUCACUGACCUCAGCUCUGAAGUCCAACCCAUCCCAUCUGAUAGAACUGGACCUGAAUGAAAACAACAACAUGACGUCUGCUGUUAAAGAUCUUUGUGGAUUUCUGGAGAGUCCACACUGCAGACUGGAGACUCUGAGGUUGCAGUACUGCUGGUUGUCAGAGAUCGGUUUGGCUUUCCUGGUGUCAGCUCUGAGGUCCAACCCAUCCCAUCUGAUAGAACUGGACCUGAGAUACAACAACCUGCUGGAAUCAGAUGUGAAGGAGCUGCUUGAUCUGGUGGAGAAUCCAAACAAUAGACUGAAAACUUUGAGGUUUGAUCACCUGAAUUUGUCAGAGAUCAGCUGUGAGUCUCUGGCCUCAGCUCUGAAGAAAGACCCCACAGAUCUGACAGAACUGGACCUCAGUAACAACGAACUGAAGGAUUCUGAUGUGAAGCAGCUCUGUGUUUUUCUGGCGAGUCCAAACUGCAGACUGGAGACUCUGAGAUUGAAGAGCUGCAGGUUGUCAGAGAUCAACUGGGCUUCACUGACCUCAGCUGUGAAGUCCAACCCAUCCCAUCUGAUAGAACUGGACCUGAAUGAAAACAACAACAUGACGUCUGCUGUUAAAGAUCUUUGUGGAUUUCUGGAGAGUCCACACUGCAGACUGGAGACUCUGAGGUUGCAGUACUGCAGGUUGUCAGAGAUCAGUUUGGCUUUCCUGGUGUCAGCUCUGAGGUCCAACCCAUCCCAUCUGACAAAACUGGACCUGAGAUACAACAACCUGCUGGAAUCAGAUGUGAAGGAGCUGCUUGAUCUGGUGGAGAAUCCAAACAAUAGACUGAAAACUUUGAGGUUUGAUCACCUGAAUUUGUCAGAGAUCAGGUGUGAGUCUCUGGCCUCAGCUCUGAAGAAAGACCCCACAGAUCUGACAGAACUGGACCUCAGUAACAACGAACUGAAGGAUUCUGAUGUGAAGCAGCUUUGUGUUUUUCUAUCGAGUCCAAACUGCAGACUGGAGACUCUGAGAUUGAAGAACUGCAGUUUGUUAGAGAUCAGCUGUGCUUCACUGACCUCAGCUCUGAAGUCCAACCCAUCCCAUCUGAUAGAACUGGACCUGAGCGACAACGACAUGACGUCUGCUGUUAAAGAUUUUUGUGGAUUUCUGGAGAGUCCACACUGCAGACUGGAGACUCUGAGGUUGCAGUACUGCUGGUUGUCAGAGAUCAGCUGUGCUUCACUGGCCUCAGCUCUGAAGUCCAACCCAUCCCAUCUGAUAGAACUGGACCUGAGCUUCAACAAGAAAAUGACGUCUGCUGUUAAAGAUCUUUGUGGAUUUCUGGAGAGUCCACACUGCAGACUGGAGACUCUGAGAUUGCAGAGAUGCAGGUUGUCAGAGAUCAGCUGUGCUUCACUGACCUCAGCUCUGAAGUCCAACCCAUCCCAUCUGAUAGAACUGGACCUGAGCGACAACAACAUGACGUCUGCUGUUAAAGAUCUUUGUGGAUUUCUGGAGAGUCCACACUGCAGACUGGAGACUCUGAGAUUGAAGAACUGCAGUUUGUCAGAGAUCAGCUGUGCUUCACUGACCUCAGCUCUGAAGUCCAACCCAUCCCAUCUGAUAGAACUGGACCUGAGCUACAACAACAACAUGACGUCUGCUGUUAAAGAUCUUUGUGGAUUUCUGGAGAGUCCACACUGCAGACUGGAGACUCUGAGAUUGCCGUACUGCAGGUUGUCAGAGAUCAGCUGUGUUUCACUGACCUCAGCUCUGAAGUCCAACCCAUCCCAUCUGAUAGAACUGGACCUGAGCGACAACAACAACAUGACGUCUGCUAUUAAAGAUCUUUGUGGAUUUCUGGAGAGUCCACACUGCAGACUGGAGACUCUGAGAUUGAAGAACUGCUGGUUGUCAGAGAUCAGCUGGGCUUCACUGACCUCAGCUCUGAAGUCCAACCCAUCCCAUCUGAUAGAACUGGACCUGAGCUACAACAACAUGACGUCUGCUGUUAAAGAUCUUUGUGGAUUUCUGGAGAGUCCACACUGCAGACUGGAGACUCUGAGAUUGCAGUACUGCAGUUUGUCAAAGAUCAGCUGUGAUUCUCUGGCCUCAGCUCUGAGGUCCAACCCCUCCCAUCUGACUGAACUGGACCUGAGAGGGAAUGACCUGCAGGAGUCAGAUGUGAAGGAGCUGCUUGAUCUGGUGAAGAAUCCACAGAACAAACUUGAGACUCUGAGAUGGAGGUGGUGACUGAACAGGACCGUGUUUGUUCUGAGAGGAGAAGCUUCGUUCUGAUGAUCCAGAGUCUGAAGCUGCAGCUUCACUGAAUAGAGAUGAUGAUGAUGAAGAUGUAUUUACUGUUGAUGUCUGUUUUUAUCAAACAUUUUGUAGUUUAAAUUAAUAAAGUUAAUAUUGAGUUUGAGAUGAUCAGGAAAGAAAUGAUCCAUAAAUGGAGCUGUGAUCACUACAUGCAGUUAAUUCUGAAUUUAUAAAGUUUGUCUUGUGUUUUAUUGUCUUUGCUUCAUUUUCUGUAUUUAAAAACAGAUUUAUCAUCCAACCAGAGCUGCUUCCAUCUGACUUUGAUUUUCAUUUCCGCUCAUUUUUAAUGUCAAUCUUUCAGUCUGAGAUGAAGCAGCUUCAGAGACGAUGAAGCUGAUGAAAAUGUUGGAACCUGAAAGGAAUAUUUCUCUUUCCUUUCACUUGUUCUGAAAUAUAUUUCUACUUUGGAGGUUUCCCAGCUUUCAUUCCUUCACCAUCAUGUUCACUGUGUUUUGUUUGUUUGAGUCAAUAAAGGUUUUUUGU